AUGGAGAGUGAAGCACAUUUCAACAGCUACACCGUGGACCGACAGGACCGGGAGCCUCCCAUUGACGCGGACCUGGACGUGAUCGAGAUAUUAGAAGAUGAAUCCUCUCCCAGCACACAAGGCUUUACCGAUCCGGACGUGGUCAACCGUACAAACAACGCAGAGUUCUGCACGAUUCCGUUGACUUUCCGGCUACGCAUCAACCCGUUUCGAUACCGCACAGAUCUUGACCCGGAACCUGUCUUUCUGGUUCACGCAGUCAUGGCGCUGGCCGGCCACCACGUCAAAAGCGACUCGACCCUGAGCCAUCGUCACACAGCCCUCCAGCUGCUUCGUCAGGCCCUCGACACGUUCAGCGACACCGAGACUAUGCAUUCCAUUCUAGACACCAUUGUCAUUCUCUUCUCGCUAGAUGAAACCCAGUCCAUGCUCGGGAACUGGAGCACACAUCUCGUGGGGGCAUACGGGCUACUAGAAGCCUGCGGUGGCAUCAAGAUGCUCCCUUUAUCCUCUAGAUUCGAAACACAGAUCGGAAUCCUCACCUGGUGGGAUGCCAUAGUCAGCCUCUUGUCCAGGGAGCAAUGCGCGUUCCCCUACGAAUACUUUGACACCGUCCUUUCCAAUCAGCACAAGCGAGAGUGGAACUUCUUCGGAUUGUGCGGGUGUCCGACAAGCCUGGUGAUCAUUGUGAUGCGGGUGGCGCGUCUCGCCGCGGAUAGGAGGAAAGCAUGGAGCGCGUCAGGCUCCACAUGUGAUGCCGCAGUUAUCUCGGAAAUCCAGCAGUACCUCGAGUCCUGGUGCCAUGUACCCGCCGCGACGGCCUUCAACGACGAGGAGGGCAUGCACCAGGACUUGGACACCAUGCACUGCUCCGAGGCGUGGAGAAACGGCCUCCUUCUUUAUAUAUUCAGGGUCUUCCAGUGGGAGCCUGGGAACGAGGCCCCGAUUCACAUCUUGUACCGUGCAAGGGCCAUCAUGGACCACGCACUUUGGUGCCGAGACGUAAACAUGAUCUCCAGGCAGGCCCUGUUGCCGCUCUUUUUCGCGGGCUGCGAGCUCCGGGAUCGAUCCACGCAGGCCGAGAUCAUAAAGCUUUGCUCCCAAUGGAACGAUAGGACUAGAUACCACAUGUUCCGCGAUGUCAUACCCUUGCUCGAAGAGAUAUGGGCCGAACAAGAGACGAAGGGUUUCGAAAAUGUGUGGUGGGGUCAGAUUGUGGAUAGGCAGCACGCUUCCCAGCCCGAGUCCUUAAGAAUGCGGCUGUGCUUCGGUUAG